AUGAACACCGGCGGUCUUGCUCAAAUGUCGCACAACGAUUUUACUUCCACAACCGGUUUGGGCAUGCCCACCGGAGGCCUAGCUUCACGCCGCGGUGGACAGAAUAUCAAACCACUAUCCUUUGACACCAUCAAGUCAUCUGGUGAUGUUCAGGAUAACGGAGUUCCCACGCCGCGCACAAGCCGAGGUCACCUUCUCGCCGGCCUAAGAACAGCCCCAAAGUCCGCAACUGCUGCCACUUUUGGUAAUGCCGGGAUGUCCACUCCCGGGUAUGGUAGGAAUAACGGUACUGCUGAAAACAUGUACGGCGCCUCCAAUAUGUACAAUGCUCCCAAGACGUCGCUCCCUCGCAUGGCGACCCAGCAACAGGGGGCAUACAACAUGGCAGGAAUGUCGGGUAUGAGUCAUCAGCAUUACACUCCCGAGCAAAUUCUGGCACCUCCUGAGUUCCACCUGGACGAGCAAGCACAAGACCAGAUGGACCCUGGCCUAUAUGCUCAGCUAGUCGCGGCCAACCUAUAUCUAGCUCAGCAGCAGCAACGUCUUCAGCAACAGUUGCUCAAUGUACAGUCAGCAGCCCAGCAAUUCCAGGGUCUGAAUCUCAGCGGCCAGCAGGCACUUCAGCAACAGCUUGCUCUCCAAUCUCUGUAUCAGCAACAGCAACAACUUCAAGCUAUGCAGCAACAGGCUAUGCAGCAGACAAUGCAGCAGACCAUGAAAACCUCUGUUUCUCAGAAUCUGUUCACCUACUAUGACCCCAACACUCGGAUCACCUACCUAGUUGACCCGACUACUGGUCAGAUGCAGCCUAGUAGCUAUGAGAAUCAGCCCAGCACUCCUCAAAGCGCCUACUUUCAGCAAGCGACACAAGGUACGCCGCGUGUACAGGUAUCCCCUCCUCCUGCGGAGAACUCUUUCCCGACCCAGCGCACUAUCUCGCCUCCCAAGAGGCAGGAAAUGAUGGCCGAGCCGACACCCUUGCCACCCCCUUCUGCCAACGCUUUCCGACGCGGGCACAAGAAGUCACUGUCAUCAGCCAAUGCCAACAAAGGACUCACCGUUGCUUGCGACGAGCCAAUUAACUCGAAUGGGCCGAAAACUGCUUCGCUACCGCUGACACCUCUUACAAAUGGAGGCUAUGGUCCGGGCCAGGCUCGCGCUGGUGAGCAUCCUAUUCGUCAGCCUCGUGGUCCUCCUGCCAUGGAUGAGCUCCGUGCCAAACCGACGGCCAAGCAUGAAGGAAGCAAGAAUUUUGCCGCACGUCAACGUCGAUCUGCUGUCCACAACUUGAUGAAGGCUGGCCUCGUACGCCGCAAGGGCACUGGAAGCAGCUGUGGCAGCAUGAGCCCCGUCUCAGAGAGCGCCGAGGAAACAGGGACUCCACUCACCGAUAAUGAGUCUGACUCUGGGCGUAGUGGCUCAGGCAGUUUGUCUGGUGAUGCGGAGCCUAGCUUAGCAAGUUCUCGAACUUCUGCAAGUGGCAGCUGGGGCGCUAUUGGUUCGGACCGUCCUAGCUCGCGUCAGAAAUCACGCAGGAGCGUAGACAGCCAAGCUAGCAACGGCGAGGGAGACAACAGCUUUGCCAGCGUCUUCAAGCACGGCUCUCAGCGUCAAGCCAAAGUCGACAGCCAGCCUGGUCAGCGAAAGGCCCCUAGACUCGUGCUCACAAGCGCAGAGAAGCGCAAGGGUGGCAUUCCGGUGGCUUAA